AUGACGGCAUCAGGAAAUAAUCACUUGUCAGAGACUUUACUGAAUACUCUCAAACAACAAUACAUGUCAAUGAUACAAAAAGUCACACGAACGUGGGUUGCCGCCGCAUAUCCAGAUUCACCUACAUUCAGGUCUAAAGCAAAAUGGACCGUUGGUGGACGUCCAAUCGUUCCGAGGUGUUACAAUGCGUAG